AUGAUCGCACUCAUCACCACUCUCUGCCUGUUUACUACAGUGAAAACUGACGUCUCUGGGCUUCAAGUACAAACUGUGAGGAGUGGAAAUAAUGUUGUCAUAAAAUGUGAUGAAAACAUUACCAAAGACAGUGAAACUCACAAUUUAGCUUGGUAUAAGCAGAGUUUAGGUAAAGUGCCAGAGUCUGUCAUGAGAUUGCUUGGACAAGGAAGGACGCCCAGAUUUAAUUCAAAUUUUAAGGAUGGCCGCUUCACUGUGGAUAAAAACGUAUUUGAUCUCAAUAUUAAUGGAAUAAAGGAAGAAGAUGCCGGAACAUAUUUCUGUGGAAAAGUAAAGGCAAAUGUUGUAGAGUUUGGAUCUGGGACUUAUUUGUUUUUUCAAGCUGAGAAGAUCCAUCGUCCUCUGACUGAAAUGGUGAUCAAGACUGGAGAGUCUGUUACUCUCCAGUGUUCAGUACAAUCUCUUACUUCAAACUGUUCAGGAGAACACAGUGUGUACUGGCUCAGACAUGGAUCAGGAGAAUCUCAUCCAGGAAUCAUUUACACUCAUGGAAACAGGAGUGAUGAGUGUAAGAAAAGCUCUGAGACUGAUUCUCCUACACAGAGCUGUGUCUACAAACUCCCCAAGAGAAACCUCAGCCUCUCUGAUGCUGGAACUUACUACUGUGCUGUGGCUGCAUGUGGGCGGAUUCUGUUCGGAAAUCAAACUAAAGUUAAAGUACAAGAAAAUAAUAAUAAUAAUAGCGGGAUUGUUAUCACCUUGACAAUACUGAAUGUGAUAUCUGUUAUGGUGAUCAUGGUUUUGAUUGGAUUUCUACUUAAGAGUCAACGAAACGGUGCUACAAACGACCAUCCAAGCCACACUGAUCAGGCUGAGGACACAGAAGUCUUAAACUAUGCUGCCCUGGAUUUUUCUAAGAAAAAUUCCUCCUCCAGAAAGCAGAAGGAAAGUCAAAGCAUGUAUUCACAGCUCAUUCUGGGGGAUCCUGAACCACUCCCAGGCCAAUUUGGAGAUAUAAUCCCUCCAGCGGGUCCUAGGACAACCUUGGAGUCUCGUCCCAGUUGGCCGUGCCCAGUAAACCUCCAAGAGAAGGUGGCCAGGGGGCAUCCUAAUCUAAUGCCCGAACCACCUCAACUGGCUCCUUUCAAUGUGGGGAGUAGCAGUUACACUUUGAGAUCCUCCUGGAUGACUGUGCUCCUCAUCAUGUGA